GUGUGUGGCGGGCGGCGCCGAUAUCAGCGGAGCCUAUGGAUUCCGCAUAAGCUAAGCGGCAGGAAAACACGGGACGAAAACACGCACAGCCGAGCUGGUUGUCGGGCGCGCCUGCUACUCUGACAGGGCCAGUGGAGGAGCGAGAGAAGACUCAAGGUAGCGGCUGGUGCGGGCGUACAGCGGGCAUCGGAGUUUCCAGGUUGAUUAUUUCAGGCCAGCGAUGGACCUCAAUUUCAGAGUUCUGAAAGAACCCAGGGGAUUCAUCAGAGUCCUGCAGUUCGUAUUUUCCAUAUUUGCUUUUGCAACCACAUCUGGCUUUGGGACCACGUCAAUCUUCUCGGUGACCUGUUCGGCAAGCCCGUUUAAUGUCAAUGUCCAGUUUGGGUAUCCAUUCAGGAUGACCUACUUCCCCUUCCAAGUGCCCCGUUCCUGCCCUAUCACACCCGAAAGCAACCUCGAUAGCAUUGAGCUGCCCUUCAACUUUGCCAGCAAUGCAGAGUUCUUUGUCGCCACGGGCGUGCUCUCGUUCCUCUACUGUGUGGGCAUUCUUGGCAUUUACCUCUUCUCCAGCAAGAUGUAUGCGGAGAAUCAAACUGUACCCAUUGUGGAUCUUGGCCUGACAGCACUGAUGUCACUCUUCUGGUUUGCGGGAUCGUGUGCCUGGGCCCAGGGAGUGCGAGACGUCAAGUAUUACAUGAGCCCUGACAACAUUAUAAAGUGGCCCGCCAUCGGCAUCUGUAGGGACGAAAAGGCCUUGUGCGCACCUGAGUCAAGUGGAAGCUUCGCCACUCUCAACGUGUCCUUGAUCUUGGGAUUCUUCAACGUGCUUCUUUGGAUGGCUGGAUGCUGGUUUGUCUACAAGGAGACCAGCUUCCACGGCCAGCGCCAACCGCCCCCAGUGGGCGGGGCAGUGCCACCGUUCCCGCAGUCUAACGCCCAGUACCCGCCGCAGUCCCCACCACCGAUCCAGAGCCCAACUUUUGGGACGCAGUACUGAGCCCCAGCACACAUUAAGCCUACUAGUGCACCUUGGCAAAACCCCCGCUGGUGGGAAGUCGUGCCUGGAGGGUCCGAGUGUAAAAAAGCAUGGAAUUGGGGUUUAGUACACCGAGGCAAGCUGCCCUAAUGCAACCUGGAAAGUUUGAAGCAUUUGUUAAGAAAGACCCUUGGAAUAGAUAGAUGGGCAACUUGUGAGAGCUAGACGAUAUGUGAAAGAGUGUCAGUCUGGUGGCACCUGUGCAGACAAAGGGGGUGUGAUUGCAGACAAGGUUGUCCUGUUGCAACAUUUAUUCACUGUGCUGGUGCUCCUAACUUUCUCUUCUAAAAGACAGAGGUUGGUACAGCGGAUAAAGAAAUACAGGCAUAAUGCACCUGCCUCCCUUUGUCUACCCUAUUGCCUCAUGCUCGUCACAUGAAAUGAACUCUUUGCUCUAUGUGCCAGAGUUCUGAAGAGCCCGGUUGUCUAAUGUAGGCUGGCACUGAGGCAAAUCUGAAUGCUUGCAGAUGCACUUGUGCGAGAGCAUAUUCAUCUACCUACGUUGAUGCAAUGUAAGCCUGAUAGUGAAAGCGCAGCAUGACAUUGCAGUGCUUGUGUCUGCAAAAAUUGGCUCUUGCCAUGUUAGCAGACGCAAUGUUGUUUCUCGUGACCACCGUGAAGUAAAAAGAAAAAAAGGGAGAAAAACUGCAUGGAAGUUCGGCUUGCUGGGAUAGCUGCCGACUACGCCGGAGUAUUUGGAAAAGGAAAUUUCAUCACGAGAGAGUAUUCGUGCCACCUUCCCUCACUUGGGGUUUUGCCGGUGUGCUGGUGGUUGCUUUGACUCUUCCAUAGGUUGCCCCCAUUACAUUUACAGUGCUUGUUUUAUGGCACAUUCAUGAAUCGUAAGACGGGAGACUUCUGUUUCUUUCGAAAGCCACUAUGCCUGCUGAAACAUGCUAAAUUGGAUCUAGUUGCAUUGCUUUAAGAGAGCAGAAACAUACCUCUGAAAGUCUUUUGACAUUUGAGGUUUGCAUACCAAGACUUUAAUGUCAGGCUCUUAACGGCACCUAAGAUGGGCUAACCUAAGUGCAUACGCAAAAGUUCCGUCUCUCUUGAUGUAAAGUUUUCCUAAGUGUCUUCAUAUAUGCGGCAAAACCAUAACAAGCUAUAAGAAGCUUGCUCGUUAAUAUUUCUUUUGGUUGUGCUUUCUCAAGGUUGUCUGGCAGAAUGAAUGCAUUUUAUUAUUUUUUUUUUUGGCUUUUGCCAGCAGCUGACAUCAUGUAGAGCUACUGCUUGUGCUCUGUAACAUUCGACGGUUAUUAUUUUUUCUAUAACGUUUCAGUUGCAGAUAUUGUUUGGAUAAAGGAGCAUAAAUCUCUUAAAUGCCUGCUGAACCUAAACAAUAUUUUGAUGUGUGUGAAGCGUUCAGCCUUGAAUUUCAUUUUGCUGAGCUCCAGAAGCCAAGAGCUUACGUAUAAGCAGACUGUUGUCUCUUAUUUUUUGCCUUUUGGUACUACGUUGUUGAGUGUGGCACGUUUUGUUUCUACUACUUAAUUUACCACAUGCCUGAAUUCUUGCCAGUUGUGCUCUGUAGACAAACACAGACUUGCAUUUUUUUUUUCUUCACCUACUUAUGAUUCGCAUAGUUUCAGCCAGUCAUAGUUGUGGUCCUGAAGAAAGCAUUCAUAGUCCUUGUUUGACACUGUGCAGUGGUCGGACAGUUUAUUUUUUGUCGUUGUUUUCCGUUCGACAUAGCAAUACAAACAGACUUUGUACGAUGACAUGUUACAGGCCUUGCCUCUUCAGCCACUUAGGUCGCGAGUGUGGUUCAGGAUGAUAGCGCAAUGAAAUUUGAGACUGCCAGUGAAUUGGUUUUGCAGAGUGGACCUAAUACUUAAGUAUGUGUGUGUUUGUAUACAUUAUUGGAGAGCAGAGAACAGUGCUUCACUGGGCUCUUGCCAUUAGUAGGAUUUUUCUUUUUUAUUUGUGAAGUCCCCUUAACUGCCUAUGCAGUUUAUGAACAAGAGUGCUUUUUAGCUACGGCGGCAGUUGUUUCCCGAUGCUAAGCUGGCUUCGGCUUGUACCGACUUCCCCGCAUCGAGUGACGAGCUGCAGACUACUUAAAGGGUCACUCAUUAGGUCUGAACAUUAUGAACAGCCAUUCGCCGCUCAUUAGAGGGUGCUUUAGAACUUGCAGUGCAUAAAAGUUUUGACGAGGCCUGGUGGGGAGCCCUUUAAAGUAAGAAACCAGGUAAAACAUCGCAUGGUGGUGAGUUUACCACAGUAGUUUGUCAAGGGAAGCUAUCCAAGACAGCUGACUGUGAGGUGUCUUGUUUCGCUACAUUCUGGAUUCAAAGGCUGAUAGCUGUACAUUAUACUUAACGAAUCUCUGUGAUCACUAUGUGUGCUUCAUGCUUUUAGUUGCAGCCUUAGUGCCAUACACACUUUUGUGAUUUCUAAAGAAGGCCAAAAUCCAAAAAAACUUGGCAUUAUUUAGUGCAUUUGUUUCCUCCGGUGACUUCUUAACUUAUUUGUUAUCGAACUAUUGUGGUGAGCUCUUUUCAAUGCUAGUUUGGCCUGCAUCGAGCACUACACUCUUUUGAAAACUCGUUUGCUCAUAUGUGAGCAAAGCCACUAACACGUCCUCCCAGGAAAGUGCUCGUUGUCCUUGAGACAUUCAGUGUAUUUGGAACAUUUGUGUAACGCCUUUUCCUAGUUCCAGCAGUCAGUUUCCGCAGUCCCGAGAGAAACAUGUUACGGAGGUUCUGAUAUUUUUUUUUUUUACCAAAACAACUGCGCAUGUUUACACUUUAGCAUUUAUUUCAUUGUUGUGAAGGCCUGGUUAGUCAUCUGGCUGUACCAGAGGGAACAACGUGGAAACUACCUAGCUUGCAUUUGUUGCGAAAUGAGUGUUGUUGAGUUGAUGUAAAUAACUUCAUCUAAAUCUCUAUAUAGAGGUGGGGCGUGUAAACCAAUGUAAUAUCGCUGCAACUGAAAUCCAGAAGCGAGUCUUUUUCUUCUCUGCUGUUUAUUUACUUGGAGAAGUAGUGCUAAUUGUUCUCUUCAGUUUGAUAUCACUCAAAACAUGUUCACUGUUGCCUUGCGUCAGUUAAGUUUUUACAAGGCAAACAAAACAUGUUUGGACUGCCAGUUGUUUGAAUUUAAGGGUUUCAGCAUGCAGUGACACCGCUAUGAAUGUUUUUAUCAUUUGCAAUGCAAAACUGGAUGCAGGAGACACUUGCACAUAUAAUUUUUUCCUUAUAGGUUCGUGCUUGAAAUGUGCUGGCAGAACAACACUUUCAACUGAACUACAUAACGCAGGCUGAGUGAUUUCACAUUUGUGACUGACAGUGAGUCGGUAGUAAGGAUGUUUAAGGGGCCCCGUUAUGUUAAUAUGGUCAACGCAUGUGAGACUGCCAUGUUACUUUAUAUAGGUUGUGAUUGUCUUAUUUAGCUUUCCUUACCACGGAGUGAGCUUUUCACUCUAUUUAACCACCCUUUUUUCUCGGUUGUGUAUGUAGAUAAGUAGUAGCGAACUUUCAUUUACCUCACGUUUCGCACGUAUAUUUUGCAAAUCAACACCGUUAUGUCAGAUGAUGUGCGACUGUUGUGACGACAUUGCUAUUAAUGUUCAGUGUACUUAUAUUUUGUACGGCACAGUACUGUUGUAUUUUUCUUGCAUGGAGUGUUACAUUUCACUCUGAGCCAAGUUCUUCGAGCGUGGUUGGCGGAGAAUUCGCUUACUAGAGUGGGGCGGCAGCACCCUCUUAAAGAUACUCACACAUGUAUACUUCAGCGCUAGUGCAAACCUGUUUCUUUAGUACAACAUUCCAUUUUUCUUUUUUAUUGUGGCGUUCACGCCACACGAAAUCUUAAAAAAAAAAUGUGGCCUUUGGGUAUUGGAGGCUUUUUAUUACCUCAUUUUGUUAAUCUCUUAGUUUGAUGUUAGCUGAAUUUGUGAACAGCUUUCUCGCUUAUUUUGACCUGUUUGUUCUAUUUACAAAUUGCUUGUUUGAUGGGGGGCGAUAACAAGUGCUUGUUUGGAAUACCUUGCACUCUCAAAGGAUAUAACAUCCAUCAAUGUUUCCCAUGUAUGAAAAUCUGCCUAUGCGUUGGAUGUGUGGGUCACAAGACCAAUAACACGUGCAUAUUUUGUUCGCAUGUGUCUAGUUAGUCUGCCUUUAUUUUUUCUUUGGACGCUGUGUUAACGAAGCACAGAUGUUAUAUUUGUGUGUCAUUGCUCCAGUGGUCUUGUGUGUAAUGCAGUUUUGGCAAAAUUUGAAGGGAUACUGAACAAAAAUUGUAAAAACUGACGAAAACUUCAAAAUUCUACUUGGAAGACUCGGCUGUUCCGAUAAACGGAGUUUAUUUCGCGUAUUUUUGAACAGUUGGCUGUAUUUUUGUUGGAUUUCCAGCGCGCGGCGGCUGCGAGCCGUGACGUCACAUUUACCGCAGCACAUGUAGGGUGCACGUGUUCCUGUCCACCUCUCCUUUACAUCUUACUCUCCCCUUUCCACAAAGGCGCUGAGACGUCCCCCCUCUUUAGGGGCUUUAUCCCACCCAGGAGCAUUGUUCGCUGCCGGCACCGUUUGUAGUGGUUCUAGGAACCGUAGCGGGGGCUGAGCGGGUUCAGAUGCCCUUUUCGGGUACAUAAAACAUCACCAAACUUCGCCUCCUAUAGUCGACGGUGCACCUGUUUGUGAAAACAUUAAAUUCAUUAUUUUCCUCUAUUUCCUGCCUGAAAUGAAGGUUGUGUCUAUCGAUUUCAGCACCCAAUCUUUCAAUUUGGCUGUAAGUCUUGGCGGCAAAUGUUUUCUUCAGUAUUCCUUUAAAGUUUGUGGAACGGAAAAAAAAAUAGAAGAAUCUGCCACGAAGAACUUGUGCAUUGUUAACAUGCACACGUGAGGAGUGCAUUUUUUUUACCACAUAGCGUGUUUUUUGUUUUUUUCACGUACAUGAGGUUGACUGUGCAAACGAAGGUGCUUGUGUUUAUUAGGUGGUCUUGUUUGUUGAAAGUUCAAAAUCUGGUGCCAUCUGUGUGACACUUGUACAAAGGAAGCAAAUAUAUAUAUAUAUCCCCCUUUUAGCUUCGUUUAUGGUGAGCGUAACCAAUGAAGAGCCAGCAAUAAGCAGUGGCUACCGUGUAGGUUUUGUCGCUUCAACACACGGUGUGGCAGUGACCGCGUAUAGGGGCUUCAUUGGUGUUCCUACUCGCAGAGACUUUGUAGAAUUGUGUCUGUGCACAUCUUGUUCUAACACGUUUCGCGGUAUUGUUGCGUCGGAAAGUAUCAAUUGACUUCAAGGUAGAUAUAAUCCGGUAGCAUUGUGAAUGGUGGCACUUAUAAUCUUGGUGCCAUUUCAAGCAGAGUUAAUGCGCUUGAACGAAAGAAAGUCACGCGUUGCUGAAUACUACUGCUGUAUUCCUUCUGGCGUAAUAAUUGCACUUUAUUGGCCAAAGUGCUGCUGUGACCAUUAAGUACAAAAUAAAUGUUUAAAAUGUUGUUUUGGAGCUUGCAAAAUUAACAGCACUCGAGAUGAGGCUUAACUUUACGCUGCGAAUGCAAUGCCCUCUAGUGGGUGUUGCUCACGAGAAAUGUGGAAAAUUGUGGUUGAGUUAAAGCACAUUUAUUUUUUUAAAAUAAAGAUAUGCAUUGUUGCAAGCUGAAGUCGCAAUUUCUUUUUUUUUUGUCCCUGUCUGUAAGUCAUAAAAUUGCCUGCUUAUCUUUGUAGCUUGUGCUAUUACCCACAGAACUUCUGAUGUUUCUAGUGGCUGCCAUACCAUCAGCUAUAUCCGAAAUGUUAUGCCUGGUAUAAAGUGGCAUAAAGGAUAGAUUGUUAUGGUCGCAGUUCUGGACAUCGCCUUUAUUUAGUGGCAUAACCAUCAAACCAAGCCCCCCAAGCAUUCUGUAUCUGCAACUAUUGACAAAAUACAAAACACCCUGUUAGGCAGAGCACAUAAGACUAUUGCUGUUUAGGAACUGUGGUACUUUAGCGUUGUUGUGUAAAAAUGUGUAUGUGUGUGUGCAUGUGUGAGAACAUACACGUGAGCGAAGAAAGUGAGAAAUAAGAUAUACGCCAUAUACCACACUUCUCUUUGAAUGUUAAAGUGUUAAGGGGGGACAACUGAGGUAGCAACGAUGGACUACUUGACGCACCGUGCAGCGUUAGAAUCUGCAGCUAUUUUUCUGUCCUAGCCUAGCGAGCUUUUUUGCCUGGUGCAUGACCUGCAAUACUGCAAGCACUUUGGUCGCCCAUGCAUGCACUGUAGCCUGCACACCGGAAACUCGUAAACCGCCAUGUUGGAGGCUGCCAGUAUGCGUCAAAGAGAGCCACCGCUUACUGCCACGCACACAGUGUGCUGUGAAACAUCACUGGGAUUGCUGUGCGGAUCUGCAUUUCAGAGCACUUGUGACUUUGUUAAAAAAGAAGUGCUUGGUCAUCCACCUUUCUGUGAACCGUUUGUGGCCCGAGCACUUCACUUGCUUUGCAUUGGGUGGCAAUAGCCGCCAUCUCUCUGCUGCUUUUGUAUGUAUGUGUGGAUGCUGUCGUUUCUUGGAUUUCCCUAAGUUUUGUCAAACUCUGCUCACAAGCAUGCGUGUAGGGCACACCGGUCGCGACACCGCUCGCGUGUCCAAAAGAGCGCACUGCCAGCUCUCUUCUCUCUCUAGCUAUCUCGCAUGCCUGCUGUUGUUGCCUCUGCUGUCGCGGCACGCUCCUGGCUUCACUACUUUGCAAACACACAAACAGUGUGGAUGAAGCAAGCGCCGUGCCAGCCCGACAGCUUUCCCAUCCAGAGGCGACCAGUUCCAACCGACUGACCAUGACGUUAUCAAAGUCCUAUCGUGCUUCCAUUAUGCCUUGCCUAAUUAAUCUCUGUCACCUUUCCGUUUGGGAGAAUCUGUGGUGAGGUUCGUGAAGGACAAGUUCCAUUCUCUCGCUUUGGUUUGAGAGAUUUCUGGUUGAGUUAUUCUCAUCUAGUUUCGGGCAGUUGGGAGUUCGUGUGCUGAGCUGCACUUUGUUGCGGCAUUAUGCCAAUUCAAGUCAUUAACGAUGGUCACUAACAAUAGGCUGCAGUUCCAUGGCCUACGCAGUGUAGCAGCUUAUAGCAGCACUAUAUAGAAACUUUCUGCUCAGCAUAAGGGAGUUUAAGAAAGAAAUGCAUUUUGUCAGAAACCUGGAAACAUCCUUAAAGCACCACCUCUAGUUUGCCGUGAGGUGACAUGCCUUAGAUACAAGCUUUACAUUCUAGACAUCCGGUAUCAACUGUGCACGUCAUGAGAAGAACCUUUUUAAUAACAGAAUUUCACGAGUGUUAAGUGAAGUCAGCAGGAUUUGAUCAACUUCCUCCACCUGGUCAAUUGUGCCAAGCCGGAAAAUGACUCAGGGAAAGAUGAAAUAAUCCCGAGAAAAUCUCUACUAAAUGGCUUCUUCAGCAUGUGAAUGAGGUAGCAUCUCGCAGGUUACUUCUAAUUGUGUAGUGUUCUCUCCUGGCUAAAAAAAAAAAAAAAAAAAAAAAACACACUGACUCUUACGCACCCAAACACUGCACAACAGUGGUGGCAUUUCAUUGUGCAUUUGUCACCAAGCUUUAAUACAGCAGUUGCCUCUCCCAUGCGAACUGAUUCAAAAGUAUAACGCAGUACACUGCAUAAACUGGAUAGUUUCGUCUGGAGAAAAUGGUUCUUGCAUAUAUCCAGAGAUCAAAUAGACCAUAAGCUGUGGCCACUCGGCAUAAAAAUAAAAGGAAGAAAUAAAAGGCUUCCCUUUUGCUGGAUAUUUCUUUUUUCAGGCACAAAUGGUGUGUCUGUUCUUUUGGGCUCGAGAAUGGAUGAUGAUGCUUAGGUUAGACAGAUUCUGUACGAAAGUGUUCAAACAAGCAAAUACUGCAGCAAAGCUGUCCUUUACAAAAGAUACUACCAGCCGCUACUGCUUCAUAAAAUUUUGAGCACAAAUUAGCCAGCUGUGCGACCAGUUUGUCUACAACUGCUGCCAUAAGAGACCAACCGGUCAACAUAUUUGCCUUGCCGAAAGCAUGUAAUAGGAUGGUGUGAAAAGAUUUCCUAGCAAGAAGUUUGUGCACGUGUGUACAUUUGCGAAAGUAAAUGUCGCCGACUUGAAAUCUGUAAUGGAACUUUUUGCCAACGCCCGUGUUUUCUUAACUUCAGUUGUCAUUUUGUGUCAUGUGAAUGGCAAUCCACUGGGUGUGCCACUACACCGCAUGCGUAUAUACAGUCUACACAGUAUGUGUUGUGUGUGUGUGUGUGUGUCGUGUGCAUGAAUGCCAUAGAAAGAGCCAAGUUAUUGCAUGCUGCUCGUCCUUCCUUCUUUUUUUUUUUUUUUUCUGUGAGACCUCCCAUGCGUGACCAGUGUUCAAAGCUGUCUCAGAGGAACCUGUUACUGUUGACACUCUUGAGAGAUGUACAUAGUACAUAAUGUAAAUGUCCAAGAGAAUAUAUUACUGGAAAUAAAGCUUCGAAACGUGAA